UUUGCGUCGUUGCUAUACUCAGAACGGCUUUCUCUUAAUAGAUAUUUACUUAUUUGGCAUUAGUCUUUGUGUUUUCACACUGUCUUUCUUCGUCAGUCUUUAAGUCAGUCUUAAAAGUACAAUAGCAGAGUAACCAAGUCAAAAUCUACGCAUCAGCUGGAGACGCCUAAAGCAAUCUGAAGGAAAAGUGCGGCGAAUACCGGGAACCGGCCUCAUGCUCAGUAUUUCGGGGGCGCACAUGGGGUAGAUGCUUGCCUGUGAACUGCUUCGCAUCGGCCGUCGGCACAAUUGAAUUAAUUUCGGUGACAGUGGCGUUAAAAUGCGGUGUACGAUGUAUCAUGAGCGGUGCUACAUAGGCAACGGUGUAUGCUGCGUUUAACGAAAUGGUUUAACUGAAUAAAAAGAAAAACAGCAAUUAAAAUGUGGAUGGGGAUGUGUCAGGCAAUAUAAGCGAUAGGAGGAUUAAUGGCACAGAUGCAGGAUGCCAGUUAGAGAUUCCCCGCAAUGCUCGAUGGAUUACCCCUCGUUCCAGCAUUAGAGACGCAGCUGAUCUGUAGGGUAACUCACUGGGCUCCGGCUCUGUUACCGAACGAAGCGGCUGCAAACGGACUUUCCCAUAUAAACCAAAUUUCGCAGUUCUGUCACUCGGUUCCAAUUAGGGGAAACUUAAUCCUGCCGCCUCCUGAACGCUGAGAUCGGGCUAUCUGAAACCGAAAUCUGUCUUCGUCGUUUUCGCGUUUAAAGGGGAAACAUCACAACGAUCGGAUUCAUACAUUCACAUGGGCUGGAAUCGAGCUCGCCGUCAGGAUAACGGUGCCGCAGAUCCCGAACAUGAGAAGCGAUGGGCCGAACUGUUCGAGCAACUGGACCUGAAUAAUGACGGCCGGAUCGACGUGAGCGAGCUGAGGGCAGGACUUGCCGCCCGGGGAAUACUUCGGAGCGACGCGGAGGAGCAGAUCGUGCGUGUGAGUGACACCAAUCAUGAUGGCCAGCUGGACUUUGAGGAGUUCACGCAAUACCUGCGGGCGCAUGAGAAGGAGCUGCUGUUCAUGUUUCGCAGCCUGGACCGCAACGAUGAUGGUCAGAUAGACGUUGGGGAGAUCCAGCAGUCCCUGCAUAACCUGGGGGUGGACAUCUCCAUGGAGCAGGCCUCCAGGAUCCUGCAGAGUAUGGACAAUGACGGCACAAUGGCCAUCAACUGGAACAAGUGGCGAGAUCACUUUCUGCUGAACCCUCUCCACAGCAUGGAGGAUGUUGCUCACUUUUGGAAGCACUCUCUGAUGUUGGACAUCGGGGAGCAUCUGACCGUGCCGGACGACUUCUCGGAGCAGGAGAAGAGGUUGGGGAUGGUGUGGAGGCAGCUGGCAGCAGGGGCAAUGGCGGGUGCGGUGUCUCGCACUGGCACUGCCCCUCUGGACCGGCUCAAAGUCUUCCUUCAGGUGCAUGGCUCCAGCCCACGUAGGAUGGGCCUCUGGAAUGACCUGCUGGGGAUGGUCCGCGAGGGCGGGGUACGCUCCCUCUGGCGGGGCAACGGCAUCAACGUACUCAAGAUUGCCCCAGAAUCUGCCAUCAAGUUCAUGGCAUAUGAGCAGAUCAAGUGGCUGAUGAAAGGCUGUAAGGAUGGCGGCUCUCUGCGGGUUCACGAGCGAUUCGUCGCAGGCUCGUUGGCGGGGGCCACCGCACAGACCAUCAUCUAUCCCAUGGAGGUGUUGAAGACCCGGCUCACCUUGCGGAAGACGGGGCAGUACUCAGGGAUGGUUGACUGCGGCAAACAGAUUCUCCGCAGGGAGGGGGUGCGCGCUUUCUACCGAGGCUACGUGCCGAACACACUGGGCAUCAUUCCCUACGCGGGCAUCGACCUGGCUGUCUACGAGACACUAAAAAACGCCUGGCUGCAGACCUACUGCGUGGAUACUGCCGACCCAGGGGUCCUGGUGCUGCUAGGCUGUGGCACUGUGUCUAGCACCUGUGGCCAGUUGGCCAGUUACCCGCUGGCGCUGAUCCGGACCCGCAUGCAGGCCCAGGCGGUUAUGGAGGGCAAACCACAGCUGACCAUGCUGGGUCAGUUCAAGCACAUCGUGUCUAGCGAGGGGGUGUCUGGACUGUACAGGGGCAUCGCCCCCAACUUUCUCAAGGUCAUCCCCGCAGUCAGCAUCUCCUAUGUGGUGUAUGAGCAUAUGAAGAAGGUGCUGGGGGUGGGCUCAUAGAUAAGCAGGCGAUCGUAAUUCCAACGUGGGGCACAACAGUUACUUCCUAAAGUGAGGAUUGCUGGCUUGGGACUACUGGGGUGUUUAUCAAUACCAGGAAAGCAAAAAACCUUCUUAUGUUCUUAGCAACUUAGCCUCCCAAGAACUCAAAAAACAUGUUGACACAAUGAAUCAUGGGAUUGUUCUCCUUGGCGAAGACACAACCGUUUCAUCCUUGACAUUUGGUGCAGUGCAAGAAAGGAAUUUUUGCCGCCCUCCAUACUUCUGUUGUUGAGUAUUGGAACUGGUCUUUGGCAAUGGAAGAUGACAUCAAAUAGGUACGCGUGAAUAUAAGUACGGUCAGCUGGACAUAUUCAUAAACACCCUUGGUCUCCUUUAAGGAUCUGCUGCUUCUAGAACAUACCAGGGGCACCGUUUAGCCUUUGAUCCCGGACAGUACAGUGAGGGUUCCCCACCUCUUCCCACACUGUGCUGCCCCAUUUGGCUCAAACCAUGUUUUGUUUUUUUGUCUGUUUCACAAUAUCUGUGAAAAAGUGGGAUGGAAACCAGGUUUAGAACAAAUUCAUGCAAAAAAGAGAAACAAAGAAAUAUUACUCAGUUACAUUUUUUCUCAUUCGAGUUUCACUAUAUAAGUUAAUACAUGUAUGUAUAUGUGAAUGUUUUAUUUAAAUAUAUUUCUUUAAUAUGUUAUGUAUGUAUUGUACUUGCAUAAAAUGUAUUAUUUAUUGAGGCUCUUUUAUAUAGAGAAGAGAUAUUUUAAAACCUAUUUUGAAAUGUCUUACCUAGCUGUUCCUAUUUCACUGUGGAUGAAUAGUUUUUCAUCACAGUAAUUUCUGGCAAAUUCUUGCAGUUUGCCCUUAGUAAUUUUUACAGGGCUCCAUUUGACUCUUUUAAAAGAUGGUAAUCUUUCUAGACUUCUGGAUUGUUGUGUAGUGUGGGACUGUCCUUAUGGAAACGAGAACCUGCAUAUUUUUGAUCAGCACGAAAACCAGUGGUGACAGGCUUUGGAUGUUAACACUGUGCCUUCGAGAGGAUGGAAUGAAAGGCCCAUAAUCGCAGUGUGUGUGCUUGUCCUGCUCCGUCAAAGUGUUUUUUGAAGGAGACACCACUACUGUCUCACUCGUGUUCCACCACUAUGUGUUCGUUUGCCUUUGUGUGCUGCUUUGAACUUUGCACUAUGCUUGAAAACGGGGCUUGCUGUGUAUGACUUACUGAUUGUCAGACCAACGAAAGGGUCUGUGCACAUGACAGUCCUCUUGACACCCUGGGGACUGUGAUGACAGGCCUAUUUAUCUGUGAUGACAUAUCUACUGCAUGAUCUUGCACGUUGACAAACAUGCAGCUUGCUCAUUUAUGGCAAGGAGUAAACAAGCAAACUACACCAAAUUAAAUGAUGUCUCUCAAAGAAUUAAGCACUACAAGUGUACUUGAAAUGAACUUUUAUAAACAUGAUGUAACGUUAAUGAAUGAGCUGAUUGGUUCAUUCAGUCAGUAGACGCUGGCAUCAUUGUGAAGUGAAGAAGCUCUCGACCCGGAAUCCAGGGGGCAGCAUUGAGUACCGGAAAUUCUGUAAAAACCAUUUGCAAAGUCAGAAUAGAGACUUAAUCAGAUUUCAUUCCACUUGCAUUGGAGGUGAGGGCCACUGUCUUGCGUGUCAGUCCCGUUCGUACAUGGCUGGUUUUGAAUGUUGACUGUCAUAUUAAAACCUUAACAUCUUGACAGACAGGCCCGAGAGCUGUAUGUUUUCCUGUCAGGCGUUAAAAAAUGCAAAAUGCAGCUUAAACUGACAGCCAAGAUGGGAAGAGAGGAAUAAGGAAAGCAUGAACUGCAGAAGAAGUGCAGGUGACUGAAAGGGAAAGAAAUCUCUGCAGCUGAAAUGCAGCAUUUCGGUAACUCCGAUCCAGUCAAGAGAGGCUGCAAAACGGCUGCCUAGAAACAUUUCAACUAAAAGCCACUACUGUGUUUUGAAAUGUGUAAUGUGUAAAGCAAUGUUUCUACUGACUGAAUAUUGCAUUUUACACGCAUUAAUACCAUUAUAACAAGUAUCUGCAUUACAAGUUAAGAUUGCAUCUGUUUGCAUUUUAAACCGGAAUGUGUAUUUUUGUAUCACUUUCAAGUGGGACUUUGUAAGCAUGGAAGUGAAUAGAAGGCAAUCUCGGUCUUCUGUGUGAUUUGUGUCUAUUCCCGCUACUGAAAUUGCAUGCUGUAGAUGCAGAAAACAGUGUGGCUUUUUAAUGUCUAUUUUAAAACUGUGUGUUUUUAAAGCAUCCAUUUUCAGAGUUUAGAACACUACGUUUGUACAUAUGUAAAAUGAGUCCUUUUAAAUUUAGUUACACUUAUCUAAAAAAGAAAUGUCAUUUCGCUGCCCAAACAUUUCCUACUUUUUAAAAUUCACUCUUUCCUGCACUUUUUCUAAUGGCACGUGCACUGUCCAAUAAGAGGCUCUUGCUAGGUGGGAAAUGGGAGCGUGCAGUUCAGACAAACAAUCAUGUUCCUACUGAUUUUAAGCUUUUACCAGGAGCUCUAGUGCUUAGGGAGCUGGACAAGAAAGUUCAUAUUAAUUGCAGAAUUAUUUCCAGAAGAAACAAAGUGAAAGUUUUACUUUGGAUAAGCUGAACAAAUAAAGAAUUUAAAACAAA